AUGGUCAUCGGGGCCUUCGUCCAGACGUGGAUACUAUUCGGAAUCCUGCAGGAAGCCUUGAGGCGACCGGUAUUUCGGCAUGAGGUCUCCCAGACAAUCACAACCACAAGCCCUGACGGCAAGGAGGACGAACUGAAAGCUGAUGUGGCGUGGGCGAGUCAUUUCGCUCGUUGUCUGCGGGAUGCCGCUGCAAUUCUCAUGGAUUUAGACUUUCUCUUGGAGAAGCUUGGUGUUUAUAUUGUCCCGAUGCCCGUUCACUUGGCUCUGUCGGUACUUGUACAGAGUCUCAAUGACUACAGAGUUACCUUCCGCCGGCAACAGUCUCAGCUUGGUGACAAUUACUUUCAUGCAGAGUGUCGGGCAUUUGAGCUCAAGCUCCUGAGCGAUGGGGGAUGGUGUCCAAACAUGACUCGGCGGACUUUUUCGGGUUUGGGAAUGGGAGGCCUAUGCUACGCUACGCAACUACCCGGUUUUGGUUUGAGUAAAGGCCACAACAAAUGCGACAUGAGUGCCUGCGUUGCUUCGAACAUUAAUCACGACAAAUAUGAAGUCAUCCAUGACCAAAGUUAUUGCAGAUGCCGCGAUAUGAGCUGCGAUCAUCAGCGGUCAGAAUGCCUGUGUCCCUAUGUUGGAGUGCAAUUUGCUGAGACAGUCUCGGCAUUUGAGGGCGGUGGGUUCCCUCUGAUCAAGUUCCACCAUGAUGGGAUCACGACCGUUGGUUACAAGCCGGGAAUAGCCUACGUGGCUAUCAGCCAUGUCUGGUCGGAUGGCAGAGGCAAUUUAAAAGAGAACGCUUUACCGCAGUGUCAACUCCGAGCAAUCCAUCAUUAUGUCACAUCCGUGGCUCCUGAGGAUUCGUUUUUCUGGAUAGAUACUCUUUGCGUUCCUCUUCGGGAACCUCUACGAAAUACGGCAAUUAUGCGCAUGGCACAAGUAUACUACUCUUCGGCGAAUCAUGUCCUGGUGCUUUCGAGGGACCUCUUAUCGCACAAGCUACCAUCUUCCCCUGACGAGGCAAGUUUCCGCAUCUUUUGCAAUCAGUGGGUCGCACGGCUAUGGACUAUGCAAGAGGCAAUUUUGGCCGAUGACCUCGUGUCCCAGUUCGCUGACCAAGCCAUCAACUACAGUACACUGGACAGGCAGAUUAUACAUGCUGAUUUAAGCAUAGGCGAGCAGGCUCGCCAAUUUGGGUCGAUGGCACACCACUGUAUCGAUUUCAUGAAACGGCGGAUCGACUUCGAGGACAAUUUUCCUAUAGUAUGGUUUUGGUACGGCCUCCGCUAUCGAACUACAUCGAGACUAUCGGAUGUCGCUAUAUGUGGCUCAAUAUUGCCUGGGUACGGUCUGGAGACUGUAUUGUCGGCGCUAGACGAAGACAAGAUGCAAGCGUUCUGGUCCUGCCAGAAGACGGUCCCUGCAAGCGUCCUAUGGGCAGGCGGUCCCCGCCUAAGAAUUGAUGGGCUUCGCUGGGCACCCUGCAAUCUACUCAACCCCGAGACCUCAACCCAACCUGCCAACGAGACCGAUCCAAGUGCAGAACCAACUAUUGCCGGACUUCUGGUCCACGGUGUCGAGGCAGUGGUGUUAGAGCAUGUGCCCUUGCCAGAUGAUGAACGAGUGGUCUUUCGCUUCCUGUUGCCCAGCACUCAACGGCGAUAUUUCUGUGUAAAGGUCAAAAAUGCCGAAACUGAAACCUGGUCGGAACUCGAACAACUCUGGAGUGGUCAUUGUGCUAUACUGAUGCCUCGGACCAUCAACCUGAGCUCAUUGGCUGCCUUGACCGUGCCAACCGACAAUAUGGUAGCCGCUGGUGACCGCGCUGAACAGGACACUGAGCCGAUCAGAGUGCGGUACAUUGCCCAAAUUUGGAUGUUGCUCGAGACUGGUACCCCUGACCACGAAACGCUUGAAGCGAAAGACGGUUUCGAUGCUCUCCGAUCGGCAAUCCAGAACAAUUUCAUUCCAGUCUUAGAUAUAGCAGACUCGAAAUCCGCUGUGCCUUCGCAGACGUGGUGCGUAUACUAG